UAUAUAUAUAUCCCUAUGUGUCUCGUUUCAGCUACAAUUUGUGAUGACACUGAUAACACUGCAGAUCUGCUGUACAUUGACAAUGCAAGGAUGAAAGGUGUUGCUGAGUCGCUGCACACCACUGCGAAUCAGGUAAUCAACGACUUGCAGAAGCUGGAGCAGCAGCGUGAAAUGAAGCUGCAGAAGAUGAAUACCGUUAUUCAGAAGGGAAUCCAUCGACUUUACCAUGAAUCCCAGCACCAAGCGAUCCCUAAUACUGUACUAGUGACACCAAUAGAUGUUGAUGAGACCCUUUCAAAACUGAAGGACAAUUUGGCUGUCCUGUAUAAGGAUCUGGAAGCCAUUGCUCUUGAAUUUAAAAACAAAAAGGUCCGUUGCAAAGCAGAUCCAUUUCUGGAACUGGAGAGGGAGCUGUUUGUGUAUUUCCACACAAACCCGACCAAACUGGAGCAAUGUGUCAAGACAGUGGAAUCACGAGUGGAGGCCAAAAAGAUUGCCCAGUAAAAAGUUUGACCUUUGACCUCUGCGUGCAUUGGCAUAGCAGGGGAUCACGUAAGGUCAGACGAAGAUGUUGAAUCAAAUCAGAUUUCAAGGAAUCGUCUUUUCAGUGUCUUAUAUAUGUGUGUGUAUAUGUGUACAUGUUUGUAUGUGUAUAUGUAUGAGUGUGUGCAUGUACUUAUACAUAUGUACGUGUAUGUUUAUGUAUAUACGAGUAUGUAUGUGUACAUACAUGUGAAGGUGUGUGUGUACAUGUGUGUUUGAGUAUGUAUACACAUCUUUAUGCAUAUAUAUAUAUAUGUAUUAGCAUUCAUGUAAUUAAUUAAAUACCCCUCCCCUCAAAAUUGUUGGCCUUGUGCCUAAAUUAAAAACAGUUUUUAAAAAUAGGUGAUGAUUUGGCAGAAGGGUUAGGUGCGUAGCUUAGUGGUUAGGGUGUUGGACUCAUGAUUAUAAGAUUGUGGUUUCGAUUCCUGGACCAGGCGAUGUGUUGUGUUCUUGAGCAAAACACUUCAUUUCACGUUGCUCCAGUUCACU